AUGAGUAGCUCAACCUUUUGUUCCAUGCCUUUCACUGUGAAUGGCAACCUAAAGCUGGUCCAAUGGAGAAAUGUUAUAUAUUCUUCAAAUAACCUGGCUGCAUAUCAGCCCCUCAAAUUAGCCACUGCCCGCAAACUGCUCGAUGAAAUUGCUAAAAGAACUAGGAGUUCAGUUGCAGAUUUACAUAUUGCUGGAUGUGCAGAUGGUGGGAAUUUUGGAAAUUCCAAUGCAAUUGACGACCUAUUUGGAGAGUCUGUGAUGGAUUGUGCUAGCAAUCAUAUGGAUGAGCAAUAUAUAAUUGAUCAGUUGAGGUACUGUAGCAGUGAAGGAAUUCUUGAGCUUGGAAUAAUAUACCAUGCUUUAACAAUUAAGACCGGGAUUUGGUUCAACAAGUUUGUAGCUACAGCCCUUGUUAAUAUGUACGCCAAAUGUGGUCAAAUAGACAACGGUAAGAUGAUAUUUGAUAGGAUGUCUUGUAUUGAUGUUGCUUUGUGUAAUAGCAUGAUUUGCGGGUAUGUAAGCAAUGGAAUGUUAUCUGAAGCCUUUGCUUUCUUCAUCGAGAUGGGCAAUCUGGAUAUUGUGCCAAAUCACUAUACCUACUCGAUUUUGUUAUCUGCUUGUGGGGCUUCUACAGCUGUUAAAGAAGGAAAACAGUUGCAUGCUCAAAUUGUAAAACUAAAAUUAAUGUUACUUACAGCGGUGGCGAAUUCAGCUUUGACAAUGUACAGCAAAUUUGGAAUGAUUGAGGAGGCCGAGAAUUUGUUCCAAGGACUUGCCAAUAGGAACCUUAUAUCUUGGACUGCUUUUAUAUCUGGACUUUACCAUCAAAAGGCCUUCAAUAAGGCAUUGGCACAAUUCUGUUUGAUGAGAAAGAACAAUACUGAACCUAAUGAAUACACCUUUUCUGUGGCCCUUUCAUGCGCAGCCUCUAUAGAAUGUCAUGAUUAUGGUUGCGCACUUCAUGCACAGGUAAUUAAACAUGGAAUGAUCUCAAUGGUAUUCGUUGGGACAGCCAUCAUAGAUAUGUACUCAAAAUGUGCAGAACUGAGUGGUGCUAGAAAACAGCUUGAGGAGAUGGGACGUAUAGCAUCUUGUGCAACAUGGAAUGCAGUGAUAACUGGCCUUGUUCGCAAUGAUGAAGUUGCUGCCGCGUUAGAGGUCUUCCAUAAGAUGCUAAAUAAUGAUAUAGCUUGCGAUGAAUAUACAUUUUCAGCUACUCUGAAGGCCUGCUCAUUACUACCAUCUCUUGCGAUCUGCAGGCAGGUGCAUUCUCGGGUAGUUAAGGAGAAGUUUGGGACGAACCUGCAUGUGGCAAGCUCAUUAAUAGAAACAUAUGCACAAUGUGGCAAUUUAGAAGACGCUGAGAAGGCUUUCUGUCUAACAUCUACACCGGAUGUUGUGACAUUUAAUGCAAUGAUUGGAGCUUAUUCACAGUAUGGUUAUCCAACGAAGGCUAUAUUCUUGUUUGAAAAGAUGGUGGAGAAAGGGAUAUUACCGACUAGUUUCACUUUCCUUGCUGUUAUUUCUGCUUGUAGCCAUUGUGGUUUAGUUCAACAAGGGAGAGAGCUCUUUGAGUCUAUGACAAGAGAUUACGGAAUUCUACCUGAAGAGAAACACUAUAGCUGCAUGGUUGACCUGCUGAGUAGAUCAGGGCAGUUAGAGAAUGCUCUCGAAUUCAUAAACAAGUUGCCAAAUGAACCCAGUGCUCCAAUCUGGAGACCUUUUCUUGCAGGUUGCAGAUUUCACGGUUUCCUUGAAAUGGCAGAGUUGGCGGCCAGUAAAAUAUUAGAGCAUGACCCAGGUGAUGCAUCAGUUUAUGUCACUCUCUCAAACAUGUAUGUUGAAGUUGGCAAGGUAAGUGAUGCACUCAAACAGAGAGCGCUGAUGAAGUCUAAGUCGAUACAGAAGGAACCAGGUUGUAGCUGGUUGGAGGUGAAUGCAAAGGUUCAUAGAUUCUUUUCUGGUGAUAGAAGACAUAUAGAUACACCAAAAGUAUAUUACAAAUUGGAAAACCUGAUGCAAAAGAUUCAGACUGACUGUUACAAUUUAGCCAAAACAUCAAUACUUAAUACAGAACUUGGACAAGUUACAGAAGAGAAGUGCUUAUUUCACAGUGAAAGGUUAGCAGUUUGUUUUGGCCUAUUGAACUUACCUAAGGGAACUACUAUACGUGUAUUCAAGAACAUUAGGAUCUGCUUGGACUGUCAUACGACAAUGAAACAUAUAUCAAAUAUCACAAAUCGAGAUAUCAUAAUAAGAGAUAAUUACAGAUUUCAUCAUUUUAAGCAUGGCUGCUGUUCUUGUGGGGAUUUCUGGUGA